UUGUAGUUUGUUUUUCAUUUUUCAACGCUCUUAGGUACUUAAACCUAUACUCGUAUUUGACUUAUAUACGUACUGAUAUCUGCGUCGGUUAAUCCUUUUUUUUUUAUUCAAUUGGCCUGAUACCCGACGUCGUAAAUGGUAAAAUUUUCUAACGUUAUCGUGUGUCGUGUAACGUGUUCAAGACCCCUCGAAUGAUAAGCACGCGUACGCUGAGACGUGUCGUAUUUUAUAUUAUUAUUUUUUUGUUUUUUGAAACUACUCAGUGUUUGUGAAGUACCUAGGUAAUCGUAAAAAUAGAAGAACUUAUGUGUAAGUGUCGCGUGAAAUGACCGGUGGCAUCGUCGUGUACGGAUACGCUGUAUUCAAUUGACACGUGUGAUUAGGUAGCUUACUUUUUCGUUUUUUACGUAUCCUCCUCGAGCAGGAGUUCCUUCGAUUUGCCAUCAUCCCGAUUGAACUUUUCACCAAUGUCCAGCUGGACCAGUUUCAGUGAGACUUUAUGGACUGGAGGCAAUUGGAUACCAGCAUCGCAAGGUAUAGUGGAGCCUUUAGUAAUGAUAGAUAACGAACAACCCCAUCAAGAGUUGGUGAAAUGUGUCGUCGUUGGAGACACUGCUGUUGGAAAAACUCGUCUAAUUUGCGCCCGAGCGUGUAAUAAACGUUUAUCGUUGUCGCAAUUGUUAACCACUCAUGUUCCGACCGUCUGGGCUAUCGAUCAGUAUCGUAUGUGUAAAGAUGUUUUGGAACGCUCAUGGGAGGUAGUAGACGGAGUAAAUGUCUCAUUAAGAUUAUGGGACACAUUCGGCGACCACGAGAAAGACCGAAGGUUCGCCUACGGAAGAUCGGACGUAGUUCUGCUGUGUUUCUCAGUUACCAGUCAUGUAUCUUUAAGAAACUGUAAAGCGAUGUGGGUUCCAGAAAUAAGGCAAUUCUGCCCUCACACUCCAAUCCUACUCGUAGGUUGUAAGAGCGAUUUACGGUAUAUGUAUCGCGACGACACGUACUUGAGCUUUUUUCGAGACCGGAGUCCUUUCAUUAGACCGAUUAGAAAAAGCGAUCUAGUCAUGCCAGACGAAGCUAGAGCGAUGGCUCGAGAAUUCGGCGUAAGUUACUACGAAACGAGCGUGUUAACUUAUUACGGCGUCAACGAAGUAUUCGAAAAUGCCAUCAGAGCGGCGUUAAUUUCGCGUAAAAAUCAACGAUUCUGGAUGACGAAUUUGAAAAAAGUUCAAAAACCGUUACUACAACUACCGUACUGUCCUCCGAAACCAAUUCCACCGCCAGCUCAAGUCCUCGCAUCUACGUACGAAGAAAACAUACAAUGGUUGUAUCAUCAACAGCAACACGCCGAUGUCGUAUUCGUCGUCAAUAAUAUAGGAUUCACUGCUCAUAAAUUCAUCCUAGCUGCCGCCUCACCUGUGUUUCAACAUCUGUUUUCUAUACCGAAUGAAGCUGUUAUUACUACCGAAGUUGAACGAAGCACCAGCGAAUCGAGUAUUAUGACUAAUUUCGGAGAAGCUACUCUGGCUGAAUUCAACGACGAUACGGAAUGUUUGAUUGUUAAUGAAACUGCAAAGUUACCACAGCAACAGAAAAGGUGUAAAGACUGUCCAAUACCCGGUUCAACGAGUAAUUUUUCAAAUCCAAGAUCGUAUAGUUACAGAAAAGAAUUAAAUCAUCCGGUGUUUUCAUCCAUUACGAUCGAAUGCAAUAUGUCGAGUGAUAGCUGCGAAAUUGAAAAUUGCCAACACACAGUAAUCACUGUUAGUAAGCUCGUUACUCCUACAGCGAUGUCUCAAUGCUUACAAUUUCUGUAUACCGGCAACGUAGAACCGAAUUAUAAUUAUUUACAAGAUUUGAGGCAAGCGGCAGAAUUCAUGGAAUUAAACGAGUUACUCGCUUAUAUAAAUAAUAUUCAGUCUAAAGAUGAUUAUCUGAAUGUUGAAUUGAGACAACGAUACAAACUGAAAUUUCGCGAACGAUUAGUAAAGCUGUGUUUAGAAGAAGGACUUUAUACAGAUAUCAUAUUUCAACUAGACGACGGAGUGUUCGCAGCUCAUCGUGCUUUACUUUCAUCCAGAUGCGACGUAAUGAGAGCUAUGUUUUCUGGAAAUUUUAAAGAAAAAAGUGCCAAAAUAAUCUUCUUUCCUGGAGUACAUUCAGACACAUUUCAACAGUUACUAAUGUUUUUGUAUACAGACGACAUUAAACCAAUCUCAUCUACGAGGUGCCUUGAUCUCAUAGAAUUAGCUAAUCGUUUAUGCCUCAUUAGACUAAUAAAUUUAGUAGAAAGAGCUGUGAUCGAUGAACUAAAUAGGUUUUCGGCGACAGAAAACUCCGAUGUAAUUCAACCUUGUUUAAGAUUACUGGAAACGUGCAAGUUACACAAUGCUGACCAGUUGGCUGACUGGUGCAUGAGUUAUUUAUGCGUCAACUACAAUAAAUUAUGCAAAAUGUCACCCAAACUAUUGAAAAGCCUGCACCCCGAAAACCAGGAAUAUUUAAUGGAACACAGAUGGCCUCCGGUGUGGUACCUAAAAGACUCAGAUUAUUACAUGAAGCACGUAAACGAACGUCAACGAGAAGAUAAAUUAUUUCUCAAACGAGGAUCUUCCAAUAGUCGUUGCCUGUGUUUUGGUGGCAGUAACGAAAAAACUAGUCCAGAUCUCAGCGAUCCUCCGCCGAUAACAGUAACUUGGAAAAUUAGAUGACAACUACCGGCCUAUGUAGUCGCAUUACUAGUUCUACUCUUCAUCGUUGCGCUUUUUCUUCUCAUUUUGUUCAUUUAAUUCGCCUAACGAGUAUCGAAGACGGCCACACAAAUUUAUCUUGUGUUUUAUCUCUUCCGCACAUGUAAAAUAUUAUCUCAAAAUAGUUACGUCUUAAAUCAAAAAACAUAUUACAACGACGAAUACAAAUCUAACGAUUUCUUUUUCUAUUUUAUAAAUUUAUAUCCUAUUUUUUUCUAUCUAAGUAAUCAUUUUACGUUUUAAUGAAAAAAAAAAAAUCACGUUUUUGUGCUGUUUUCCUCAAUUUUAUCUUCUAGAUCACCUGUUUUAAGAUAUUUUUUUUCUCUUUUUACUACGAGUUACUUUAUAAUUUUUUUUCAUUUUUGAAUAUUUUCUAAGAUAGACUGUGUCAAUUUUUUUAUCGCUGAAUACACAUCGUAGAACAAA